GAGGAGGUGGUGGUGGUGGUGUGUAGUGGGGACCCGCCCAAUUGCAGGUUGGCGGGGAAGCAUCCAGAAGCGGUGAUGGACCUCGCAUCCACGCGACAGUCAAUUGAUUUCAUUCCACCAUCAACAUCCUGCAGAUACUCUCCCCAAACACCAAUACUACGACACCCCACUAUCUCUACAGAAUACAUACAUACACAACCAACAAUGGCAGAAACAGCAGCACCAGCAUUACCGAUCGAAAUUUCUCUCCCCCUCCCCAAAGCCCUGCACACAACCGCGCACAUCCACCUUUCCUUCCUCGACACCUGCGCCAUGGUCUUCCUGGCCACCUCCACGCCCGGUGACUCCGCAGGCAGCGUCAAGCCCAUGGGAAGUUUUAUCUAUGCCAUGCCAGAUAGAACCAACCCCACCGCCACAAUCUCCACAACCAUCUACUUCUCCCCCUCAAGCGUGGAAUACACAACCCGGGUAGCCAAGAUCCUCGCCCGACGCAUGAAAGUCCCCGUUUACGUGGGAUGUAGCAUCGACCCCGUGGGUUUGGGGUUGCUUGUGGAAGAGGAAAUGGAGGGGGUCAGGGGGAUCGUGGACGUUGUUAUGCGGAAGUGGGAGAGUAGGAAGGAGUAAAGCCAAUUAAUACUGUUCAGAGUAGUAUCGUAUCCUGCUUUUCUUUUUUCUUUUUCUUUUUCUUUUUCUUUUUCUUUUUCUUUUUCCUCGUGAUGUUGGUGAUGUUGAACUAUUGAGUGAGUGAAUGAAGAUCCAUCGACAUUGGGAAUCUGAAUGGAUACAGGGAUUAGGGUGUAGAGAGU